AUGAAGACUCUUGGCAGAGCGAAAGUACUUUUUGUGACUGAUGAAAGCUUGGUAGAUGAUAUUUUACGUCGACCAGAUGAACUGGCAAAUGUUCUGUGCCUUUUUGCUAUUUGUGACGACGAUCAUUAUGGAGAACAUCUACAUCAAAAGUAUCUUACAGCCGCGGUUGUAACGAUUCCGGUCAAACAAGAAUCACUUGCGCAACUAGUUAAUCUUCGUGCACGUCUUGAAAUUGAACAAGCGACAUUUUCACUUUUCAAUGAAACUCAAAAGUCGACAAGAAAUUUCAGAACAGAAUUUCCGUCCUUUUUAUGGACCCAGUUGUUACUCGAUGUACUAACACACACUGUAGAAAACCGAGAAAAUGCCAUUAACGAAAUGCUAGAUGUUUGCAGACAAACCUAUAAAAACAACGUAAAGCAAUUGAAUGCAAUUGAAGCAUUUUCUAAUACUUAUGAACGGAAAAGAAAUGCUAUACAUUGGUAUACAAAAGACAGCUUUGUUUAUCGCAUUCUCAAUGAAGCUCUUCGAACGGAAAACAUCGACUAUUUGUACUGCUUUCGACUUUUCAUCAGUGAUCUUUGUCAACAACUGAAACAAGAAAGAUUACAAAGUAGUAAACCAAUAAAAUUAUAUCGCGGACAAAAAAUGGCGAAAUCGGAAAUCGAUAAAUUGAAACAAAAUAUCGGUUCAUUUAUAUCUACGAAUGGAUUUUUAUCCACUUCUCGCGAUCAAAAUACUGCUAUGAUCUUUUUACACCAAAAACUCUCCGAAAUAAGUCCUAUUCAAUCUGUAUUAUUUGAGAUUACUGCUGAUCCGUUAGCUAAAUCGAUUAUAUUUGCUGAUAUUCAACGUCUGAGCCAAUUGAAUAGUGAACGUGAAGUGUUAUUUACUGUAUCAUCAGUUUUUAAAAUCGAGGAAGUUUAUUUCGACAACGACGAUUUGAAAGUUUGGGUCGUUAAAAUGAUUUCAAGCAAUGAAAGGUCGAACAAAAUACGGAAACAUAUUGAUGCAGUGAAGAACGAAUAUCAGCAUGUCAGUACAGAUACCAUGUUUGCUAGUCUUCUGAUCACUAUUGAUGAACUAAGCAAGGCUGAAUCGUUUAUUCACCGAAAAUUAUCGGGGCUAGCAGAAAAUACUUUAGAAAGUGCUGAAUUGCUCGUUGUUAGUGGAUAUCUUCAUCUUCGAAGAUCUCAGCAUAGAAAAGCCGAAGAAGCGUUCAAUCGUGCAUAUACCAUUCGACAGAAUUUGUUGCCAUCGAAUCAUCUGUUAAUCGCUCGAUCUCUGAACGAUUUAGCUGCAAUCUGUUCGUUCGUUUCUGAUUUUAAAAAAGCGAUUGAAUACAAUGAAGAAGCUCUUUCAAUAGAUCAGAAAUUCUUUCUACACGAGCACAUAUUAAUCGCCAAGGACUUGAUUUAUUUGGGAAAGAAUUACCUGGCAAAUAAUGAAUUAGACCAAGCCUUGUUUUACUUUGAUAAAGCUCUCAAAAUGCAAAAGCGUGUGUUGUCUCCUCUCGGCGAACAUUCGACAAUUGCCAGUACAUUGUGGAGUAUCGGUUUAGUCUAUAGUAAAAGACCUGAUUACAAACGCGCACUUGCCAACUUCGAACAAGCGCUUCAGAUGUACGAAAUGAUGCUACCAUGUGGUCACGAUCAAAUAAUAAAGAUUCUCUCGGCCAUUGUCGAUGUUGAUAUUGCCAAAAGAAAUUUUCAUAAAGCGUCAGAGUUUUGCAAAACAAAGUUAAAUUAUUGUAUGCUGCAACUAGAAGAAGAUCAUCCAAGUAUUGGCAAAAUGUACAUAUUGAAAGGUUAUAUUGCAUUCAAGUGUGGUGAUUAUGAUGAAGCAUUAAAAUCGUUUCAGAAAGCAAUGCAGAUAUUGCAGAAACAUCAAAAAUCUGAAUAUGACUCGAUUUUCGAUUGUUUAAAAUAUCUUGUUGAAACGGCAAAACAUAAAGAAGACCACUUCGAUGCUUUCAAGUAUUUGUCUCUGGCAGAAAAAGUACAAAAGAAAAUAUAUUUACACGAGCAACCGCAAGUUGGUGAAUUACUUCGACAGGCUGGUUUAGUUUAUAUGCAUUUCAAAACCUAUCGCGUUGCAGAAGAUUAUUUUCGCGAAGCUUUACGAGUAUUCAGAAGCAAUUUCCGAGAAGAUCAUCCGGAUGUCAAAACCACGCUGGAAUAUCUGAACAAAGUGAAAGAAAUACAACACAGAUACUAG